CAGGGAACGAAGUUCAAAAAUCGUGAAUCGUGUGAAAUCACUUCUUAGCCUACGUCUAUUUCGAAAAGCAUAAAGUAGGCUACGCCUUGGUUACAAAGAUGUUGUAAUAUGAAAGUGUAUGGUGUCUAGUGCUGGUGGAUGCAAUGCUGCUAGCUUAAAUCAGAUGGCACCUGUUGUCAGUGGACGAUGCGUAAACAACUUGAAGGACUUGAAGCUGUGAACUCUGAACUUCCAGAGUCUACAACUACGUAUAUCCCAGUGACGUGGCUAUUCAUCAUAUGGCAUGGACCGCAGGCCCGUGGCAUUUCAGUCCAAGGGAAAUAAUUAAAUAAUUGAUUAACUCGUCCAAAUAACAGUUGAGGCCAUUAGCAGUCUCAACAUCUGUGUUUGUGCACUCACAGAUUUGACCACUGAGAAACUCAAAAUUGAGUCUGUGAAUGCUCAGCCAUAAACACUUAAUGCAGAAUUGUAGUGGCCUGUGAAAUGUAAAGGGUAACCCUUUUUUCACUUGUGACUGUAAUCACCAUAUGGCAUCAAAAAACAAAUGGAUGAAAAGUGCAACAAUGUGGUUUUGUCGCAGCCCACAAUUUGUUGUACUUUUGCUUCUCUUAGAUAUGGAAUUUUUGAUUAAGUAUAGACUAUGUCAGGAUGUAUUCAAUUUUGUUAUUUGUUAAAUAUUGUCUUUUGCUUCUUUUUGUAUGUGCUGUCAUUUGUUGUUGCUUUUACAUAUAUUUUGAUUUUGCUAUUUUGGCACAUUGCCUUUUUUUCAGGACUCAAAGCCAAUUAAAGUUAUAUUUAUACUUAUUUUCUCUUGUUUGUUACGGAGUUUAUCUUCUGGACUGUGCUCUGGCUACAUUUCCACAGAGGGACAUAUAUCUGAUGUGGUAUCAUAUGUACACAAGGUACAAUUUUAACCUACAGAAGCACAUUCAUACACCUGCCAUUUCACAUACUAGUUAAUACUUGACAGAGACAUAGAAAGGGCAGGCCUAUAUAAACCGGUCACUCCUUGUCCAGUACACUGGUCAUUUCACAGACACUGCAGUCAUGAAGGCUUUGAUUCUCUUGGCUCUCUUUGCCGUUGCUUAUGCCGCCCCUCUGGAGGAGGACGACAAGAUCGUGGGAGGGUAUGAGUGCAAGAAGAACGCUCUGCCCUACCAGGUCUCUCUGAACUCUGGAUACCACUUCUGCGGAGGUUCCCUGAUCAGCAGCACAUGGGUUGUGUCUGCUGCCCAUUGCUACAAGUCCCGCGUUGAGGUGCGUCUUGGUGAGCACAACAUUGCUAGCAAUGAGGGCACUGAGCAGUUCAUCAACUCCGCCAAGGUCAUCCGCCACCCCAGCUACAACAGCGGCAACCUGGACAAUGACAUCAUGCUGAUCAAGCUGAGCAAGCCCGCCACCCUCAACAGCUACGUGAAGGCCGUGGCCCUGCCCUCCAGCUGUGCCAGCUCUGGAACCCGCUGCCUGGUCUCUGGCUGGGGCAACACCAGCGGAAGUGGCAGCAACUACCCUGACCGCCUGAGGUGCCUGGAUCUCCCCAUCCUCAGCGACAGCUCUUGCAGAAGCGCCUACCCUGGUCAGAUCACCUCCAACAUGUUCUGCGCUGGAUUCAUGGAGGGAGGCAAGGACUCUUGCCAGGGUGACUCUGGUGGCCCCGUGGUGUGCAACGGAGUGCUGCAAGGUGUUGUGUCUUGGGGCUACGGCUGUGCCAUGAAGAACAAGCCUGGUGUCUACGCCAAGGUGUGCAACUACAAGUCCUGGAUCAGCAGCACCAUGUCCUCCAACUAAAUUUCAUGUUGAUACGACUAACAUGCAGUACAGCUCAUACCAACAGCUCUUCAAUCAAAUUUCAAUAAAAAAAAACACAUAUGUUGAAAUGA